AUGGCAUACCGUGGAAAUCGUCAUAAUUCGUAUUACGGCUCUAAAGCACCACAGAUCGCUUCGAUAAAUGACGACGAUAUUAAUUUAUCUGAAGAUCAUCAAAUAAUUUUAAAUGAUGAGUCAAAAUUUGCACGUUUAAUAAAGAAAUUACUUCGUGAUGAUGGAUCAAUUGAUAGUCGUGCACAACGACUUCAAGAAUUUCAAAAUUAUUUAGAUAAACCAGAUAAUACUAAGUUUAUUCUGAAAUUAGCUCGUCCAGCUCUUAAUUUAUUGUAUCAUCAGUUUCAAGAUCGUUUAAAUGAAGAUCUACGACCAGAACUUGCACGUUGUAUUGGUCUAAUUGGUUUUGUUAUGAUGAACGAAGGCGAUCCAAAAUUUGCCGAUUGGAUAUUUGAACGUCUUAAUGAAGUGAAGAAAAAUGAUACAUUUCGACAAUACUUAGUUGGUUCAUUGCAUAUAUCUAUAGGAAAUGAGGAACAAAUACAUUGUUUAUCAAAAGAUAUUCAAAAAAUUAGCGGAAUGUUAAAAAAGAUUUUAGAAUCUGUUUCAAGUGCACCGUUAAUGAUAAUUAUAACAGAAACAAUAAUUGAUUUAGCUAAAAUCUAUCCGCUAACAUUUCAAACAAUAUUUGUUGACAUUGUUGAUAUACUCAUUGGAUGGUAUAUUGAACCAUAUCCAACCGAUCGAAUUCUAGAUUUUACAUCAAAAGCAUUAAAUAAAUUUCGUCUAUUUUGGCUUGAACAAAUUGAAUCAACAACAUUACCGCUGUUGAAUAAUUUUAUUGAUGAUGCGGAUAGUUAUGCUCAAUUAUGUUCUACAUCAACUCUUACACGAUAUAAUGAAGAAAAUUUUGCGACAUUAACGGAUAAAAUUGCAGCACUCUAUCGUGCAUUUGUGACCGUUCUUCGUUCGUUAUCCGAUGAUUUUACAUCAUCAAAUCUAUUACCAGAUCACUUGGUUACUAAUUGGUUAAAAAAAAUUCUUCAUACAACGUCUAUUGUCAUAAAUGAUAUACGAUUUGGUUCCGUUGCUGUUUAUGCAAAUGCAUCUGUUCGUAUUUUAAUUGAAACAUUUUCACAAUUGGAUGAUACUAUGCACAAGGAUUUAAUUGAUUUUGUAACUCAACAAACACUAUUAUCAUCAAAAGAUUGGCCCAUUGAAGCUGAUUCAAAUUUAAUACGAUUGAUUACGAAGAUAAUCGAUUUCACUAGAGAACAUGUACCGAUCUCUUUUGCAAAUUCAAUUUUACAUAGAAAUUCUCGUCUAUGGAUUUAUCGUUUUCUUCAUGCCACAUCCUUAAUACAAGAUGCUCUUCAAUUAUUUAAUCGUUUAUUAUCAAUGAAAAAUAUUCCCGUUGUACUACAAGUUUAUCAGUCAAUCUUAGCUGAUAUAACACAAAAUUUUAAUGUGAUAUUACCAACACUCAAACAGAAAACGAUUAAUAUUGGAGGUGGUAGUGGUGGUAGCAGCUCUACAGAUGAAACAAUGAUUGAUGUAACGGAAGAUAAUGCUGAAGCUGCAAUUAUAUUUGAUUGUAGUGCAUUAUGUCAAAUCGGUAAUGCCAAAGGCAAUUUGAUUGGCAUGUAUGCACUUUCUCCAUCCUUAUUCGAAUUAUUGUCCAGACAUUUACAACUGACAAAUUCUAAAUUAGCUCGUCAAUUUCCAGCAUCACAUUUUGCUGUAUUAAAAACAUUAUAUUCACAUUGUGUAGCACAUGAACAUUUUAUUCUUAGUUCAGAUUUAUUUAAUAGUAAUUCGACAAGUGAUCGUAUGAUGAUGUCAUUGAGUAGUUCAACAAAAGAUCAUCUUGAAGAUAUACUUAAAUUACACCAUCGUCUAAUUGUGAACAGUCAUACAAGUUGUCAUGAUACAAACAAACUCGUAUUGAAUUGGUUAGCAGAAAUAAUUGAUUCUCUACCACAAGAUGAUCGUGGUUUAUUUUCAUUACCCUUAUUACUGAAAAUUUGUCAUUCAAUUGUCGAUACCGCUUAUUCGGACGAAGAAGAAAUAUGCGCUUUGUGUUGUCGUUUACUAACCAAAAUUCUUAGACGCCAUAGCGAUCUUGAAGCAACAUUAUUAGUCAGAUUAUUUGAUCUUUGUCGAUUUUGGUUACAGUGUAAUGAACCAUCGAUACGUGACAAUUAUUUUGCCAUUUUAUGCUGUUUACCUGUUAAUAUCAAUGUUAGUAAAUUUCCUAUUAGUGGUGCCAUAAUAUCGAAAAAUGAUUAUUCAGGUUUUGCUAGUAUUGUUAAACGUAAUCAUAUGGCAACAAGUUAUUCUGGAACAUUUACUGUACAUUGUUUUAAUUUAACGAUUGGCUACAUUUUAAUUGGUCAUCAAAUGCCACGUAUGUAUGCUAAUACAUGGCUCGAUCGUUUAUUUCAAUCAUGUCAACGAAAAUGGACAGAUACUACAAAAUAUAAACAACAUCAACGUGCACUUGCCUAUGAACAAAUACCAAAUUUUGGUAAUGAUGCAUUAUUAUGGUUUUGGGCAAUAUGGGAAUGUGCGCAAUAUUGUGUUAUGAAUAAACUUAAAACAUCGUUAGGCAAACCACAAGAAACAUUUUUAGCACUCGAAGAAACAUUACGAGCAUUUGCAUGGCCAGUUACUAAAACUGAUACUUUAUCUUCAUCGUCUGAUCAUGUACCAUCCACAUCGUCAAAUUCAAAUGAAGCUAAUAUUGAAAAACCUGAAUGGUGGUGUGAUUUACAUCGUUGUGGUCUACUUUUACAAUUGAUUGAAUGUUUAGAGAAAUGCAUAUACAAUGCUUAUGAAGGAACUGCAUUAUCCCUCCCACAAUUGCCAAAGCCUAUAAAAUUUUUCUUUAUGACAAAUAAAUCCACUUGUUUUGAAUGGCUCAAUCGUAUUCGCAUUCCAAUUAUUCUAACAGCUGUUCGAAGUGGCCAGUAUGAAGCAGCUGUAAGAAAUUGUUGGCAAUAUAUCACACAUAUAUGCACAUUAGGACAAGCUGAAACAUCUGAAUUUGAAUUUGUUGUGAUAUCGUUCGUUCAAUCGUUAAUUAAAUUACAUAAUUCAAUGGCUUUAAAUGGUAUAUAUGUUUGGUUAAAGAAUACUCAUCAAUUACGUUGGCAAUGGAUUAAAGCAGCUGAAUAUGAAGCAGCUGGAAGUUUAGAGAAAGCAGCAAAUGAAUAUAGACGUCUAUUGAAAGAGCACUUUGAAAAUUUAUCUAAAUCAUCAUCGGAAAAUUCAACUGGAGAAAAAACAAACGACACAACAACAACAACAACAACCAUCUCUUCGGCAUUAUUGAAAUUUCUAACACAAAAAGUGUAUGAAUGUUAUAUUAGUCUUCAUCAAUGGAGCGAAGUAAUGUUAUGGAAUGAAACAUGUAUAAAAAUGCAAAAUGGAUUAUUACAAGAUGAAAAUGAAGAUUUAAAAACAGCGAUGGAAACAAAUAUUGAUAUGAAUGCUGUGAAAGCAAUGGGAUGUUUCGAAAAUCGUGAUUUUGAAGGGAUGAAAAUGGCUAUGCGUAAAUUACCAUUUGUUCAAUCAUCGGCUGAUGAAUUAGCGCGUUCAGUGCCUUGUGGUUGGGAUAUGGAUGCGUAUGACAUGCUUGCACCAAUCGAAACAUUAAAAGCGAUUGCAAAGCGACGUUCUGGUCUUUGGUCACUGAAUACUCUGUUACAGUUAACGCAAGAAUUAACACGUGUACAUACUGUCGAUGAACAUGCAUCAUGGUCAGAUGAACGCGCUGCCAUAGGACAAAUUGCCGCUUUAUAUCAAAGUGAACAUCGUGAUCUUCCAUUCUUGUCCUCAUCUAAGUUUGCUCCCAUUCAACAUAGUGUAAAAGCACUCAAUUCAAUACUAUUGUAUAGUCAACCAUAUUUUGGUAAUCCUGCUUCAUCAUCAGCAAAUACAAACUGGUCUGAACUUCGCUUGAGUGCUGCGCGUCUUGCACGACAACAAGAUAACUUUACUCUAUCAUCCAAACUUCUUAUACAACAAUUUUUAUCAGAUCAACAAUCAUCAGCAAAUUAUUCAUUUGAUAAUUAUUCUUUACAUACUAUUGUUAAUUUACUUGAGCGUCAACCGAAUGUAGCCACAAUUGAACUUGAAACAGAAACAGCUAAACUCAUGUAUUCAAUGGCAGUAAAUAAAAUAACAAAUAACACUAAUAAUAAUAAUAACAACAAUUUAAAUAUUACAUCAGCCAUUGAAUUUCUCUCACGGUGUAUUCUUCGUUAUAUGACAAGUGAGAAACAACGAUCGUCAACGUGUUUAGAAAAAUGUUCAAGAAAUUUAUUACAUAUUGUCAAAUGGCUUCGUAGUUCAAAUGAUGUAAACAACAGUAAUACAACAUCAUACAUACAAAACUCGACGACAACUGGAAAAUUAUUUCAUUUAAGAAAACAAUAUUUACUAACUGGAUUUGGAACCGAUAUUGCAAGCGAACCGUACGUGCGAUCAAAUAUUCCAUCAGAUCAGUUGUUAAUGGGUGAAUUGCUCGAUUUUUCAACAACAAUGUGUCCUUCAUUGGCUAAAUCUUGGUUUUCAUUUGCUGACUUUUGUUAUACAUGGGGAAAACAAUUAUUGACUAGUCAAACACAACUUUCUCAAGUUGAAAUAAGACAGAAAAUACAAAAAGUUCUGCCACAGGAGCUGCCUACAGAAGAAGUGAAUGAAAUAUAUCGUAUUAUAACUUCGAGUAGUGUAAACGAAGAUGAUGAUUUAGAAACGACUACUGAUGAACAAACAUUAUUGGAGUCUCAAAGAACAUCGCUCAGUAAAGCGUGCUCAUUAUUAACGAAACGUAAAGAUUUACUGGAUAAAAUUAUCUCGUUUCAUCCAUUCUACGACAAAAGAAGAUAUUUUCUAUUGGAUCAAGCUUGUCGCUCCUAUUUUACCUAUCUGAAAUUGAGUAAUUAUACUGACGAUGCAAAUAGUACAACAAUAAAACCAAUACGUAUUGUCUAUGAUGAUGAUGCAUCAAAUGUCCUUGUUACAUUACGAUUAUUACGUGUUCUCGUACGUUAUCCACAACAAAUGAAAGAAACUUUUGAAAAUGGUUUAAAAAAUAUGCCAACAGUGUCAUGGAAACGUAUUAUUCCACAAUUAUUUUCAAGGUUAAAUCAUGCUGAUUCAAUUGUACGUGAUUGUGUAACAAAUUUACUUUGUCGAAUAGCAAAAGAUUUUCCACAACUACUUUUAUAUCCGGUUGUCGUCGGUACAACAGAUGGCGGAAGAUCAAAAACAACGACAAAAACGAUGUUUGGUCCUGCAACAUCAACUCUCACUUCUCGUGGAGGUGAUGAUGGUGGAUCAGAUGACGAUAAUUCUGAUAAUGUUACUGAUGAGAAUAUUCAAGAAGGAGAAGGAACUCUGGCUAUGGACAAUAGUUUUCGUUUAUUAUUUGAUAUAUUAUCGGAAACAAAUUCACACGUUGUUUCGCAAGUAAAAUUAUUUGUUUAUGAGUUAAGACGUAUUACCGUUUUAUGGGAAGAGCUUUGGCUUGGUACACUUACACAAUUGCAAGAAGAAAUUGGAAGACGCGUUGAUAAUCUUAAGGAUGAAUUACAACGUUUAGAAACGAUGAGUCAUUUGACAAAAGAUGAAAAAGAAUUUAUAAUUAAAGAAAAACAAGAUGUUGUAUUUAAAUCGUUUUUAACUGUAUUAGAAACAAUCAAUCAAAUAACGAAAUCAACAACAGAAACACCACGUGAAGAAUUUUUUCAAAAUGAAUAUUGUAAACAAAUCGAUGGAGCUAUUGAACAAAUGAAACAACCAAUCAGUUUAACAAAUCCUCAUGGGUGUUGGCUCGGUUUUCGUCAGUUAUAUACACUACUCCAUCGUUCGGGAAAGCGAUCGGCUGUUGUUUAUUCGAUGAAUCAAAUAAGUCCAAAAUUGUCCAAUAUUAAAAAUAGUGUUAUACCAAUUCCGGGCGAUGAUGGACAGUUUUAUACAAUAAUGAGUGUUGGUCAAACUGUGCAAGUUUUACCAACAAAAACACGUCCAAAAAAAUUAAUGUUUGUCGGUUCAAAUGGACGACGUUAUCAAUACUUACUUAAAGGACUUGAAGAUUUACACUUAGAUGAACGUAUUAUGCAAUUAUUAUCAACAAUUAAUGUUAUGUUUACAAAAAUGAACCGAACAGAGCCAUGGACAUAUGAAGCGAGAAAUUACGCUGUUAUUCCAUUAGCAUCACGAAGUGGUCUAAUACAGUGGGUUGAGGGAGCUAUACCAUUAUUUACACUGUAUAAACGAUGGCAACAGAGACAAGCAAUGGCACAAACAAUGAAAGCACAAAGUGAAAAUCACGAUCCAAAUAUAAAUCCUGUACAAAAACCCAAUGAUGUUUACUAUAAUAAACUAAAUGCAUUGUUAAAAGAAAAGGGUAAACAAGCUGUUGAUGAUAGAAGAGAGGUAGCAUUACCUGUAAUAAGACAGUGUCUAGAAGAAUUAAUACGAGAAACGCCAGGAGAUCUGUUAUCAAGUCGUUCUCUUGCUGUUACAUCAAUGAUUGGCUACAUUAUUGGACUUGGUGAUCGUCAUUUAGAUAAUGUGUUGGUUGAUUUAAAAACUGGCCAGAUAAUUCAUAUCGAUUAUAAUGUUUGUUUUGAAAAAGGAAAGAAACUUCGUGUACCAGAAAAAGUUCCAUAUCGUAUGACACAAAAUCUUCAACAUGCACUUGGUAUUGCUGGACUUGAAGGUGUUUUUUUUGUUUCAUCUGAAAAUGUUUUGCGUAUACUUCGUUUGGGUAAAGAAACGUUGUUAAACUUGUUAGAAGCAUUUGUUUAUGAUCCAUUGAUUGAUUGGACCGGGCACGAUACAAGUAUAAUAGCAGCAUUUUAUGGUGGCGAACGAAAUUUAUUAGAUCAAAUAACGAUGAAAAAACGUCUAGUUGAAAAAGAUGUGCUGAUAAGAAUGUUUCGAAUACGUUCACUUGAAAUACGUCAGAGUUGGGCUAAUCUUGGGUAA